AGUGUUCGUAUGUUAGUCCUCGGUCCACGGCACUCGACUAUUCAGCAGAAUCAAAAUAAAAUGCAGAAUAUAAAUGUUGAAACCGCUGCACUAAGGUACUUCUAAAUAAAUAUGGAUGGAUUAUCAACAUUAGAAGAAGAAUCAACAACUGAACAUGCUAUUGCUGGACCAUCUAAAGUGGCAGCCAGCAAUUCUGCAUCACCUCUCACCACCCAAAUGGUGACACAACUAUUUAGAAGUGCACCCAGGGAAGCCAAACUGCGGCCUCUUGUAGACCCUUUAGUACUCCCAAGUCCCGGCUGUGAGGUGAAUAAUGGAUGACCCAGCAAAAGAUCAUCAGCGAUGGGCGCCUCAAUGCCCCUUUUUAAGACAUCAGACGGCAUCUGGAAAUGUUCCCUUGGAAUCUCCUGCUGCCGCUGGCCGAGAUGAAUGUGGAACUAGAGCACCUCCUAACGCUACUCCCGUACGAAUGCCGGGUCCCGUUCAUCCUCGCUACGCUUCCGAAGCAGCUCGUUUACGCACCUUUAAAGACUGGCCUCGAUGUAUGCGACAAAAACCAGAAGAGCUGGCAGAAGCCGGGUUUUUCUACACUGGUCAGGGUGAUAAAACCAAAUGUUUUUAUUGCGACGGAGGCCUUAAAGAUUGGGAGAAUGACGACGUUCCAUGGGAGCAACAUGCGCGCUGGUUUGAUCGUUGCGCUUAUGUUCAACUCGUAAAGGGCCGUGACUACGUUCAAAAAGUCAUAUCGGAAGCUUGUGUGAUCCCAGCGCCAAAAGAAGAAAAGGAAGCAACGUCAACGUCCACUGCUUCUCAAUCAAAUAGCGAGAAGGAAGAUGUCGUUGUCGAGGAUUCCAAACUUUGUAAAAUAUGUUAUGCGGAGGAACGCAAUGUCUGUUUCGUACCGUGCGGUCAUGUGGUCGCAUGUGCAAAAUGUGCGCUAUCGACGGACAAGUGCCCGAUGUGCCGAAGGACGUUCACUAACGCAGUUCGUUUAUAUUUUUCGUGAGGAGAGUCCGAUCGCGGACUCGAUGCUAGUCACUUCAUCGGGCGGCCCUGAAGCGUGCUGAAACCACGCUCAGCAAUAAACCGCUAAUUCUGUGAUUUUAACAUAUGUAUAAUAUAUUAAAACGCAGUGAGUCAACUCCUAAACUCCAGUUGGCCGCGAGUUUGACGAGCAGGAGUUCAGUGUAGAUGUUGAUAUGAUUUUAAAUUAUUUAUUGUUUAAAAAUAUAAUGACAAAUGUAAAUAUCGUAUUGUAAAUAUUUAGCUUAUCAUUUUGUCCCACCGGCAGAAAUGAUGGUGUACACUUAUAACACCUUUAUUGCAAGAAAUGACAUUUUGGAAUUUUCCAUUUGAAAUUGAAUAAACCGACAUUGUUAUAGUAGAAUGAUUUUGUAGCCAAAAUAGAAAAAAGCUUAUUGAGCGUUAUUGAAUCGAUAAAUAUUUCUGUUUUGUCUUAUUUGAAUUCAUUUAAGAUUCCUAUUUAUGGCCGAUAGCAUACAAAGCUCGACGAAAAAUUACGAUGAACCUUUUACUUCUUUUAAAUUGGUUACUUAGUAAUUAGUAUUCAACAGUAGUAUCUGACUAAUAAAAUGUUUUCACUUGGAGUAGUCUUUAAAAAAAUUAAUAUAGAACCUAUGGUUGAUCAUGUAUCCUCAUUUUUCGAAAUGCCAGUUUUUUAAUUGUAUUUUUAUAAAGUUUUUCUUAUUCCUUGAACUGACAUAUUCAUGCCAAUAUAUUUACAUUUAACUAAUUCAUACCUAAUGUCGUCUGCUCUUUACUUUCAAUAAUUGUUUAAUAUAUUUUAACAGAUAGUAUUUGAUAUAAAUAUAUUUUGCAUUAGUAUGGUAUUUCUUGCAAUAAAAUAGACGUUUGUCACAUAUGUAAAUUAUAAAAGUAAUAUCUUAUUAGUAUGAUAAAAAUAUUGAAUGAAAACGAUAUCAAGUGGUAGUAAACUAUUCAAAAUUGCAGUUACAUAAUAUAAUGACAUUGUUAGUCAUUCCUGUAAAUAUUUUAUUUUGACAAUAAAGGCCAACUGAUUUGUGAGGCAACAAGUAGGUAGGCAUUAUGAUAAGCGGAGUAAAUUUGGCUAUUGUGAAUUAAAUUACUCUUAAUAAUAAGUAUAUUGAGAAAUUCAGAAUUCAUUCCAAUCACAAUAUGUUUAAAACCAAAGUAAAAAAGUAACAAUAUAGGCCUGAUGUGAAAUAGUACUGUAGAUUUUGCAUUUACAUUAAAUUAUAACAAACAUGUGAUAACUAUGGAAUAUACACAUCAGCAUUACUAAAUACACAUUUGCACUAAUAAGUACUGAGAAUUUUAUUUUCUAAUCUAUUAAAUCAUGAAACACGUCAUAUCAUAUAAUGUCUCCAUACAACUAGUAAUAUAUAAGAUUAGGUCCAAUAUUUUUAAUAUUUUUGCUUAUUAAUAUUUUACAACUUUAAAAAUAUUUCGAUGACAAAUGUUUUUAGAACUGUGAAAUACAUUUACAGAUCAGCAAAAUUAAAUAAUUGGGCUUAUUGAUCAUAAUUUUAGACAUACAAUUUAAUUAUAUCCGUAAAAAUUAAUUAUUAAGAGAAUUUAUAAAAGUCAUGUUCAAUUUGUUUUCAUAAUAGGUAAUUAUUAUUUGAUCCUGUUGAUGUUUUAAAUAAAGAUGAAAAUGUUACAUAAACU